AUGGGGCAAGUGACCUCAGUCUUACCGCACGAGGGGGGGGGCGGGGCACAGACGACACAGAGCUUGCAGGAGCUGGAGGAUGGUAGAGAUGGGAACGAGUACUUCCUGACGUCCUUCGACCAUGGCGGAGCCGCCCUGACGGCUGAAGACGACUUUCUCCUUGCCCGUGCACACGGUACUCUGCUUGACGACUUCGACGAGGAGGAAGCGAGGAGCAGGAGGAGGGGGGAGGAGGAGUGGACAAGGUACAGCAACAAGCCUGACCUGAUCACGUUCGAUGAUCUCGUGUCCUUGGACAACGGGGAGGAGAGAGACGUGAGCGACGGGGAGGAGGAGUAUCCUCCCGCGAGCGCAAGUGCGUCGGGCCAGGAGGAGAGUAAGCUGCAGCUCCUGCAAAACCUGAGCGACGUUGAGAGCAAGCUGGUGGACAAGUACCGAGAGUACGCGCGGCUACACCAUGACAUCGUGCCGAUCAAGAAUCGAGACAAGUCGAACCUCUUCUACAGACCGCAGGGACAGUCGCCGGGCUGGCAUCCGGGAGGGAGGUUUGCCUUCCGAGAGGACGCAACGGAUGCGAUACAUGACCUUCAGGAGCGAGAGAUUGAGUUGGCCAAAGCUGAGAAGAAGAAAUUUUUGAAGGCGAUCAAGGACCGGAUUGAGCUGAAGAAGCAGAGGGUGAAGAAACACAACCGGGGUGCUCAAGCUCAAGUUUUCUCCUCGAAGUUCGAUCAAGUCCUCGAGCAUCAGGAGACUAUGAAGAAGAAGGCCAAGAACAAGUCACUCAACGCCACCAUGACGAAACAGCGAGUCAUGGAGGAGAGCUGCGAGAGGAUGGAGAAGGUGAAGAGCCCAUGA